CGUUCGCGUUAGUUACCGACCGUCAUCGCCGCCGCCGCCGCCACCCGAAUGCCCCCGGGUAAUGUAGUCUCAUACAUAUUGUUGUAUGAUCGAUUGCACCACCGUAAAGGCAGAAGUUCCCUGUUGUAGGUGCCAAGGGGAGGAAAUUAGUCGGUUCCCUGUUUUGCGGAAGUUUCCAAUUCACCAAACCAUCCGAAGGUGGGAGUUCAUUCCAUCGACGCAGUUGGCCGUGACCAGACGUGUCAAUUCGGAGCUUCGCAAAUUUCCCCCGAUUUUCAAGUGUUCAAGUGUCAAGGAAGACUUCUUAGGAACCGUUAGAAACUUUGAUGUGAUCCCGAUCCGGACCCGGACCAUUUCCGCGCGCAACGAUGUCCGAAGAUAAGAAGAAGAAGGAAGAGAAAGAAGACCCGUGUGCCGCAUUCGUCGGGAGCUACCUGAAGACGAUGCGGCUGAAGGACGAAAAGUGGCAGAAGCUAAUGGGCAACGAAGAGCUCAAGCUGAUCGUUAUGGAGUGGGUCAAGCGCGCCAACGUCCGGCGACUCAUCGUUACAUUGAACAAUGCCGGGGCGUUGAUCCCGACGCACUUUUUUCCGGCGACCGGGAAAGGAAAGCGGUGCUUCUUUAUCAAGAUCCGGGAAAUCGUUCUGGACGUGGAUUCAAUUCGGGAGCAAAUCAUGUACGGUGACCUGUCGGCGAACCCGAUCGAUGACCUUGCCGCGAUAGUGGACGGAAUCUUCUACCCGAUCAUCAGCAACCCGCGCAAUCAGGAAGGCUGGCCGGACGUUAUCAAGAAGGACGUCGACAGCCACUUCCAGGACCUGCGGAACAUUAUAACCGAGGUGAAGGGUAACAUCAUUAAUCAAACGCUGCUACCGAUGCCCAUUUCGAUCGGAGAAGUGGAAAGCGUCGGGCUGCAGGUUGCCGAAGGUAACCUCGACGGCUGUACUCUGAAAAUGAAGAACUCCCUCGAGGGCAUCGUCAUCAAGUGGGCCUACCAGAUCAACGACGUCCUCAAGGAGGAUUCGUUUAGCAUUUUCAAAGACGGCCAUCAUCCUUCACCGUUGGAGGAGUUGAGCUUCUGGGAUGCUCGACGGGACAACCUACGGAACAUUUAUUCGCAACUGCUGGAGCCCCGGGUUCGUCACAUUGGAGUCAUACUGCAAGGGAUCGAUUCGGUGUAUUAUGCGUCGUUCAAGAGCACGUUCCAGAGCGUAGUUCAAGCUGUUCACGAGGCCGAUGACAUCACUUUGUACUUGAAACCUUUGAGAAAACACUUCGAGACAUUCGAGAGCACCGACUUUACGGAUUCGUUGGAACUGAUUGCUCCGAUGCUGCACUGCGUUUGUCUUAUGUGGGCCCACUCGUUCUACUACGGAAGCAAUGCCCGAAUGAUGAUUCUGUUCAAGAUGAUCAGCAACAUGAUGAUUGCCGAGGCGUCCAAAUGUCUGGAUCCAGGUUCACUGUUCCAAGGCGAACCGGAUGAAUGCUUGAUAAAAAUCAACAACGUCAUUGACAUUGUGGUGUACUACAAAGAACAAUUCCACGAAUUCCGUUCACGACUAGAGAGCUUCCGUCAGGCCAGCACCCAACCAAGCUACUGGACGUUCCGAUUACAAACGAUAUUCGAUCGCCUCGAUCUUUUCCUAGAUCGUCUAGAGCAGAUCAAGCAGAUCUUCUACACUGCUACCGAGUUUCGUAAACUGGAGAAGGUUGAAAUCGGGGGUCUUCGUGGUAGAGCGAUCAGCAGGAAGAUUCAGGACGUCUACGACGACUUCAACAAGCUGUAUCUUCGAUGGGGAAUGAUCCAAUACGAUCCGUUGGACCCUGACCCGAAAGAGGGCACCUUCGAACACGAUCGCGCCAAGUAUCAGUCGAAAACGGAUGUCCUGGAGCGGAAGUUAGCGGCCCAAUUUGUCCUCGCAUUCGAUGAAUGCUUCAACGUAGACCAGCUGAUGAAGCUGGUUACGAUCACUGGAACGCUUCUGAACAGGCCACUGAUUCUGCCGGACAUACACCGAAAGAUCGCCAACAUUGUGCAUCUGUACAACAACGAUCUGAACAUUGCGAAACGGAUUUUCGAUGAAGGAUGCGAAGCCUACGCCAAGCAUGGACUGGAGGGACUUCCCAUCGAUACGGCUUUUCCACCGGUGGCUGGCGCAAUCCUCUGGGUUCACAAGCUGCGUGAUCGCAUUUCGAAACCUAUCACCGAUCUCAGCAUGGUGGAGUUUCCAUUAUUCCAAGGCGAGGACGCCGACAUCGUGAUGAAGAACUACAACGAAAUGAUGAAGCUGCUGGAGCAGUUCGAGUCCAAAGUGUUCAAGGAGUGGAGUUCGGGUGUCUCUAAGAAGAUUGAAACCCACAUGAAGAAGGCGUUGCUCAUCCGUAAGGCCGACCGCCUGCUGGAGAUGAACUUCAACCACGUGCUGGUGAUGAUUCUGCUGGAAAUUCGCUACAUGAAACGGAUGGGACUGGCGAACAUCCCGCAGAAGGCGCUGGAUUUCUCCGACCUGGAAGAAGAUCUAUGGCAAGCACGCAUGAAGCUGAUGAGGAUCGUCGAAUGGUACAACGAGAUCCUGGAAAACUGCGUCGAGUGCGAGAAGCAGCUUAUCUACAAGGAAAUCGCCGAAGCCGACAAGCUAAUUGAGCAGGCGUGCUCGGGUGGUAUCGAUUGGGUUAACUACGAGCCCCAGUUCAUCGAAGUUUUCUUCGAAAAACUGAAGAACCUUCACACACGGGUGCUGAAAGCGCAGAACAACAUCAAAAAGAUCCUGGACAGUAUCCGAAGUUGGGGACAGGUUCCGCUGUAUCAACGCAAGGACGGAAGCAAGGAUCUUCUGCUGGAUAUUGACGAUCGCCCCGGAAAAGUGCAGCGGAGGCUACAGGACUGCUUCGACACCAAGAAGCUGAUCGACGUGGCCAUGGAACAGAACUUCCGGUACUAUUUCGACUUCUUCGUUGAAUCAGAAGAAAAGCUUUCGGAGGUGUCCAUCAAAGCCAAAGGCACCGAUGAGACACUUUCGAUCAAAAAAGAACCGUCCGAAGAGAAAGUUGCGGAUGAAGAAGGGGAAACCUCUCAGCCGGAUACAUUGGAAGAAGUAUCUUCACUGGAGCAUUCGGAGUUGGAACGAACUGCUUCUCAGCUAGCGUUGUUCCGGCCCUACCAGGAAUACGUCGACUCGCUGGUUUCCAAGGAAAUCAUGGAAUCGAUCCACACCAGUGUCAAGUACAUCAAAUUUGAGAUGGAGAACCGCUCGGGAUAUGAUGCCGCGCUGUUCGAAAUCAAGUACGAACUGUGUCCUCCGAAGACCCGAUUCGUACCGACGUUGGAUGCUUUCGACCCGGCUGGAUUUUUGGCUCUGGUCGAGGGCCUGAUGGUGGAUAUCUACUGUAUGAGUACCACUCCGAGAGUUGCUCAACCGCCGGAAGCUGAACGAACCGACGAGGACGGGGAGGUCAAGCUGUCUACGUAUUUAGAACACUUGGAGAACCAGAACGAAAUUGAACAGAUGAAGGACUCGAUUAUCAACCGGGUAAUCCAAACGAUCCGCGAAGCAGAAGAAUACACCCAGCGGUUCAAUGACUACAAUUACCUCUGGUUGGACGACAAAGAAAGUGUAUUAGAGCAAUUCUUGAAAUACGGCCGUCCCCUGACAGCGGACGAAAUGGAAAUGCUGCGGUCCGCAGACACCCCGCUUCGAGAAGUUGCACCGACCCUUGAUCAGUUCAAAAUGCAAAUCGAUAGCUAUUACGAUCUGUACGAUAAGGUCUUUGCCACCAUGGACAUCGCCGUCAAAUUCGAUGUCUGGCUAUCGAUAGAUCUGCGCCACUUCAAAACGGUGCUGUUGAUCGAAAUCAGCAAAUGGUCCAAUCUGUACAAACAAAACUUGAUUGACAAGGUCGUAGACAGCCUGCAGGAACUGGAAGAGUUCGCAAACGAGUGCGAUGAGAUCUUCGUUCUCGAAACCACAGAAGAAGACUUCCCCACACUGUUAAAGAUCCUAUCUGCGUUGAACAAGCUGAAAGAGCGCGAGAACAUGUACGACAACAUGUUCGAACCUCUGAAAGCGACCGUCGAUCUCCUCAAGGGUUACAAUGUCGAGUUCAACGAGCUCGUCUACAAACGAUUUGCCGAACUGCCGGAGCGAUGGUUACACAUCAAGAAGACGGCAUCGAAGGUGCGCGAGAAGAUCGCCCCGGCUCAGACCUACCAGGUUGAUCUGAUUAAGAAGCGAAUCACGUUGUUCGACAUCCGUUCCAAGUUAUACAGGGAGGGCUUCAAGAAGCUGGCCUUCUUUAAGGUUCCCUGCGAGAAUGUGUACCAGAUGUGCAAUCAGGUCAACCUGGAGCUGAACAUCAUGGAGACCCAGAUGAAGAACCUCUGCGACUCGGCGGCACUGUUCGAGCUCAAUCCUCCGGAUGAUAACAAGCUCCGGCAGUGUCGGAAGGAGAUCCGAAUGGUCAAGCAGAUUUGGGAUUUUGUCUAUGCGGUGGAGUCUUGCGUGGGCGAUUGGAAGAAAACGCCGUGGAAGAAGAUCGACGUCGAGGCGAUGGAGGUCGAGUGCAAGAACUAUGGCAAACAGAUACGGCAGCUCGAUAAGGAGAUGCGCUCGUGGAAUCCGUACGUGCAUGUCGAGGCGGUGCUGAAGAAUCUGCUGACGUCGCUGCGGGCUAUUACGGAGCUGCAGAAUCCGGCUAUUCGCGAGCGGCACUGGAUCGAGUUGAUGCAUGCUACUAAGCUGUUGAAAACUUAUGGAAGGGAAAUGUUGGUCCGCUUCCGGAUGGACGACUCGACGACCCUGGCCGAUCUGCUGGAGCUGAACCUGCACAACUACGAGGAAGAGGUCAAAACCAUCGUGGACAAAUCCGUCAAGGAGAUGGGCAUGGAGAAGAUCUUGAAGGACCUGGGCGUGGCUUGGCGCGAUCUGGAGUUCGAGUACGAUGUGCACGAGCGAACCGGUCUGAAGUUGCUGAAAGUUUCCGAGGAGGUCAUCGAGAUGCUAGAGGAAAAUCAGGUUCAGCUGCAGAACCUGAUGUCAUCCAAGUAUAUUGCCUUUUUUCUGUCGGAAGUGUCCAAGUGGCAGCUGUCGCUGUCCAACGCCGAUCAGGUCAUUACGGCGUGGUUCGAGGUGCAACGGAAGUGGAUGUAUCUGGAGAGCAUAUUCAUCGGUUCGGAGGAUAUCCGUAGCCAGCUGCCGGAUGACUCCAAGCGAUUUGACGGAAUUGACAAGGAAUUCAAGCGGUUGUUGGCAGAGGUAACGGCAAGUCCGAAUAUUGUGAAGGCCACGAACAAGGACGGCCUGUGCGACAAACUAGAGGGACUGCUGGCCGAGUUGGUGCUCUGCGAGAAGGCAUUGAACGAUUAUCUGGAAACCAAGCGAUUGGCGUAUCCCAGAUUCUACUUUGUAUCGUCCGCAGACUUGUUGGACAUUCUGUCCAACGGUAACCAACCGGAGCUGGUGGCGAAGCACUUGACAAAGUUGUACGACUCGUUGGCCAAGUUAGUGUUCUCCAAAUUUUCGAAGAAGAGUGCCGUUGGAAUGAUAUCUAAAGAGAACGAAGAGUACGUAGCCUUCAAGGACAACUGUGACUGCAGUGGAAAGGUCGAAAUCUGGCUGAAUCGCGUUACGGAUUCUAUGCGAGUCACACUUCACGAUCUGUUCGAAAAAUCUGUUAAUGCGUACGAAGAUAAGCCUCGAGAUCAGUGGGUCUUCGACUGGCCCGCUCAACCGGCUCUUUGUGCGACACAGAUCUGGUGGACUACGGAGGUCAACGUGGCUUUCGCCAGACUUGAAGAAGGCUACGAAAACGCUCUCAAGGACUAUCAAAAGAAACAGAUCAUCCAACUGAACGCCCUAAUUGUUUUGCUGUGCGGCGAACUCAGUCAAGGCGAUCGUCAAAAGAUCAUGACCAUCUGUACGAUCGAUGUCCACUCGCGAGACGUCGUGGCCAAGAUGAUCACGCAGAAGGUCGAAACCGGACAAGCGUUCCAAUGGCAAAGCCAGCUCAGACAUCGCUGGGAUACGAACCUGAGCGACUGCUACGCGAACAUCUGCGAUGCCCAGUUCCGUUAUGACUACGAGUACCUCGGAAACACGCCUCGCUUGGUCAUCACUCCCCUGACCGAUCGGUGCUACAUCACGUUGACUCAGUCCCUCCAUCUCAUCAUGGGUGGUGCCCCAGCCGGCCCGGCCGGAACAGGAAAAACCGAAACCACCAAGGAUCUGGGCCGUGCCCUUGGCAUCAUGGUGUACGUGUUCAACUGCUCCGAACAGAUGGACUACAAAUCGUGCGGCAACAUCUACAAGGGCCUGUCGCAGACGGGGGCCUGGGGAUGCUUCGACGAGUUCAACCGAAUCUCGGUCGAGGUCCUGUCGGUGGUGGCCGUCCAGGUGAAAUCGAUCCAGGAUGCAAUCAAGGGCAAGAAGGAGAAAUUCAAUUUUAUGGGCGAAAUCAUCUCGCUCAUCCCGACGGUGGGCAUCUUCAUCACGAUGAACCCGGGCUACGCGGGCCGUACCGAACUGCCGGAGAACCUGAAAGCGCUGUUCCGGCCAUGUGCCAUGGUGGUGCCGGAUUUCGAACUGAUUUGCGAAAUCAUGCUGGUGGCGGAGGGCUUCCAGGAGGCGCGACUGUUGGCGCGGAAGUUUAUUACGCUGUACACGUUGUGCAAGGAGCUGCUGUCCAAGCAGGACCACUACGAUUGGGGUCUGCGGGCGAUCAAGUCGGUGCUGGUGGUGGCCGGGUCGUUGAAGAGAGGCGAUCGGGAACGCCCGGAGGAUCAAGUGUUGAUGCGAGCUCUGCGAGACUUCAACAUUCCGAAGAUUGUGACGGAUGACGUUCCGGUGUUCAUGGGCUUGAUUGGAGAUCUGUUCCCGGCACUGGAUGUUCCCAGGAAACGGUCUCCGGAUUUCGAACGUCUGAUUCGUAAGUCGGCCAUGGAAUUGAAACUUCAACCGGAGGACAGCUUCAUUCUGAAGGUCGUUCAACUGGAAGAACUGUUCGCCGUACGUCACUCGGUGUUCAUCGUAGGAUUCGCCGGUACCGGAAAGAGUCAAGUCUGGAAGACCCUAUUCAAAACCUAUCAGAAUCAGAAACGUAAGCCUCACUUCAAUGACUUGGAUCCAAAGGCCGUGACCAAUGACGAAUUGUUCGGAAUCAUCAAUCCGGCGACCCGAGAAUGGAAGGAUGGACUCUUUUCGGUGAUCAUGCGAGAUCAGGCAAACAUGGGCGGAAAUGGACCCAAGUGGAUCGUGUUGGACGGCGAUAUCGAUCCCAUGUGGAUCGAGAGUUUGAACACGGUUAUGGAUGACAACAAGGUGUUGACUUUGGCCAGUAACGAGCGUAUUGCGCUGACCAAGGAGAUGCGUUUGCUGUUCGAAAUCUCCAAUCUGAGAACCGCCACCCCUGCUACAGUAUCCAGAGCAGGUAUUUUGUAUAUUAAUCCUCAGGAUCUUGGAUGGAAUCCGUUCGUCGCUUCGUGGAUCGAUUCCCGAGAAACUCAGGCCGAAAAGUGUAUUCUCUCGGUACUAUUCGACAAAUACAUCCCGCCGUUAAUCGAGGCCCAGAAACGGUUUAAGAAGAUCACCCCAAUAUCCGAGAUAGCAAUGAUACAGAUGACCUGUCAUCUUCUGGACUGCUUGCUGACUCCGCAGAACAUCCCACCAGAUAGUCCCAAAGAGUGGUACGAAAUCUACUACGUAUUUGCCGUCAUUUGGGGAUUCGGAUCUUCACUCUAUCAAGAUCAGCUCGUUGAUUGGCGUAACGAGUUCCACAAGUGGUGGGUCAACGAAUUCAAAGUCAUCCGUUUUCCUCCAGGUGGGACAAUCUUCAACUACUACAUCGACCCGGAAACGAAGAAGUUCAAUCCGUGGACCGAUCUUGUACCGAGUUUCGAGCUGGACACCGACAUCCCACUGCAGUCGAUUCUCGUCCCGACCGCUGAGACCACCCGUCUACGUUGGUUCAUGGAUAUCCUGAUCGAAGCAAAUCACCCUGUUAUGCUGAUUGGAGGAGCUGGAUCCGGCAAGAGCGUCAUAACGACGGACAAACUCAUCAACCUGUCCUACAAAUACGCUGUCACGAACGUUCCCUUCAACUUCUACACCACCUCAGAGAUGCUCCAAAGAGUAUUGGAAAAACCUCUGGAGAAAAAAGCAGGUCGUAACUUCGGACCACCCGGCAACAAAACCAUGAUCUACUUCGUGGAUGACAUGAACAUGCCAGAAGUGGACACGUACGGAACCGUUCAACCGCAUACCCUGAUCCGACAGUUCAUGGAUUACCGCCACUGGUACGAUCGAACCAAGCUGACCCUAAAAGAAAUCCACAACUGUCAGUUUGUGUCCUGCAUGAAUCCAACUGCCGGAUCCUUCACCAUUGACCCCCGCCUGCAAAGACACUUCUGUGUCUUCGCCGUCAGCUUCCCAUCAGGCGACCCUCUCUACCACAUCUACUACUCGAUCCUGUCCCAACACCUUGCGAAUCCUCUGAACAAGUUCUCCCUUCCCACUCAGAAGAUAGUUGCCGCAUUGGUAUCUUGCGCCCUGAGCCUCCACCUCCGCAUGGGCCAAACCUUCCUGCCAACUGCAAUCAAGUUCCACUACGUGUUCAACUUGCGCGAUCUGGCCAACAUCUUCCAAGGAAUGCUGUUCGCCAACGGAGACACCUGUCCCGAGCCGAACUACUUGAUACGGCUGUGGGUUCAUGAAGCUACCCGAGUCUACAGCGACAAGCUGGUCGACGAACGGGACAUCGACACCUUCCGGAAGAUUCGAUCGGAGGUGGUGAAGAAGUCUUUCGAGGAGUUUGAUGAGAACAAGGUGUUUUCCAAUCCGAUCAUCUACUGUCACUUUGCGGACGGCUUGGUUGAUCCCAAGUACAUGCCGGUGGCCAGCUGGGAAAGCUUGAACAAGACCUUGGAGGAAGCGCAGAGCAAUUACAACGACAUGAUUGGAGCAAUGAAUUUGGUGCUGUUCGAGGACGCCAUGAGCCAUGUGUGUCGAAUCAACCGUAUUCUGGAGGGGCCGAGAGGAAAUGCUUUGUUGAUCGGAGUGGGAGGUUCUGGAAAGCAAUCUCUGUCGCGAUUGGCAGCGUUCAUUUCCGGGUUAGAAGUGUCCCAAAUCCAGCUUAGGAAAGGUUAUGGCAUUCCGGACUUAAAGGCGGACUUGGCCGUGCUGUACAUGAAGGCCGGAGUCAAGAAUGUCCCGUGCAUGUUUCUGAUGACCGACGCCCAGGUUGCGGAGGAGUCAUUCCUGGUGCUGAUCAACGAUCUGUUGGCAUCCGGAGAAAUUCCCGAGUUGUUCCCGGAGGACGAAAUUGACAACAUUGUGAACGCAUUGCGGAACGAGGUCAAGCAGUUGGGCAUUCUGGAUUCGAAGGAAAACUGUUGGAAGUACUUCAUCGAGAAGGUUCGGAAGUCGUUGAAGAUUGUGCUGUGCUUCUCACCGGUGGGAUCUACUCUGAGAGUUCGCGCUAGAAAGUUCCCGGCGUUGGUCAACUGUACGGCAAUCAACUGGUUCCACGAGUGGCCCAAAACCGCACUGGAGUCGGUGUCCAAUAGAUUCUUGGCAGAGGUGGACGUUAUGCCGCGUGACUUGGUCGAGCCGGUUGCCGUAUUCAUGGCGUACGUGCACGGAACUGUUAACGAGAUGUCGCAAAUUUACCUCCAGAACGAAAGGCGGUAUAACUACACCACGCCGAAGUCGUUCUUGGAGCUGAUCGCGCUGUAUUCCAAGUUCGUCAAGGAGAAGCAUACCGAGUUGAACGAUCGGGUUCAUCGACUCGAAAGCGGUAUCCUGAAGCUGGCGGAAUGUGCAGAACAAGUCGAUUCUCUGCAGGUUCAACUGGCUGAGCAGGAGGUUGUCCUGAAGAAAAAGAACCAAGCCGCCGAUAUUCUGAUUAAGGAUGUCGGUGCGAAGAACGAGACUGUUCAGAAGGAGAAGAACUUCGCAGCUGAAGAGGAGAAGAAGGUACGAGUGAUCCAGGAAGAUGUCGGAGCGAAGAAAAAGAUUUGCGAGGAAGACUUGAGGAAGGCCGAGCCUGCUCUGAUGGCUGCCCAACAAGCGCUGGACACCUUGGACAAGAACAACCUCACUGAACUGAAGUCCUUCGGAUCUCCUCCUGAGCAGGUCGUGAAGGUUUGUGCAGCAGUGCUGGUUCUGUUCUCACCCAAAGGCAAAAUUCCUAAGGAUCGCAGUUGGAAGGCCUGCAAGAUGAUGAUGAACAAGGUUGAUGUUUUCUUGAAUGAUCUGUUGUAUUACGAUAAAGAGCAUAUUCAACCGGAUGUCAUCAAAGCAUUGCAGGAAUAUCUCAAGGAUCCAGAGUUCGAUCCGGAGAAGAUCCGGGCCAAGUCGGCUGCCGCAGCCGGAUUGUGCGCCUGGGUCAUCAACAUCCACAAGUUCUAUCAGGUCUAUCUAGUGGUGGAGCCUAAGCAGCGGGCAUUGGACGAAGCAGAAGCCGAACUGAAGGCCGCCCAAGAUAAACUGAUCGAUCUGACCAUAAAAAUCAACGAACUGGAGGAUCAGCUGGGGGUAAUCCAGGCCGACUUCAACGAUGCCUUGGCCGAGAAGCAAAAGUGUCAGGACGAGGCGGACAAGACGGCCUUCACGAUCGACCUGGCGCACCGUCUGGUGAAUGGACUGGCGUCGGAGAAUGUGCGUUGGCGGGAAUCGAUAGCUCAGCUGAAGGGCCAAACGGUGACCCUGCCCGGCGACGUGCUAUUGAUUGCUUGUUUUAUCAGCUACGUCGGUUGUUUCACCAGGCGGUACCGGGUCGAGCUGCAGGAGAAGAUGUGGAUUCCGACCUUCCGGCUGUCUAAGCCGGCAAUUCCGUUCACGGAAGGAGUUGACCCCCUGAAUCUGAUCGUUGAUGACGCCGUGAUUGCAUCUUGGAACAAUGAAGGCCUACCGUCGGAUCGAAUGUCUUCAGAAAAUGCAGCCAUUCUAACAUAUUCGUCACGAUGGCCGUUGAUGAUUGAUCCGCAAUUACAAGGAAUCAAGUGGAUCAAGCAAAAAUACGGAAACGAUCUCACCGUCCUCCGUCUUACGGCCAGAGGCUACCUAGACGUGAUUGAGCGGUGCGUCAUCAACGGAAGCGUCUUGUUGAUCGAAAACAUCGGCGAAACCGUUGAUGCUGUGCUCGAUCCACUUCUGGGUCGAAUGUUGGUCAAGAAGGGUCGGUGCUUGCGGAUGGGUGAAAAAGAGAUCGACUACAAUCCCAAAUUCCAGUUGAUCUUGCAAACCAAGCUAGCCAAUCCACACUACAAGCCGGAGAUGCAAGCUCAAACCACGCUUAUCAAUUUCACCGUCACCCGCGACGGCCUGGAGGAACAACUUCUGGCAGAAGUCGUCAAGGCCGAGCGUCCCGAUCUGGAACAGCAAAAGGCAGACCUCACUAUGCAGCAAAACACCUUCAAGAUCACCCUCAAGAUGCUGGAAGAUGACCUCCUGAGUCGUCUAUCUUCCGCUGGAGAAAACGUCCUCGAGGACGCCAGCUUGGUCAUCAACCUGGAGAAGACCAAGAAGACGGCAGCGGAAGUGGAGAUCAAAGUCCGAGAAGGCAAAAAGACUUCCGAAAUGAUUGACGUGGCUCGUGAAAGUUAUCGCCCGGCUGCAGAACGAGCCUCGAUCCUGUACUUCAUCCUCAACGAUCUGUACAAGAUCAACCCCAUUUACCAGUUUUCGUUGAAGGCAUUCACAACCGUUUUCAAGGAUGCGAUUGCGGGUACUCCGCCAGCCGAGAAGCUCAAAGAUCGAGUGUUCAACCUGAUCGAUUCGAUUACUUUCGCCGUUCACAUGUACACGAGUCGUGGAUUGUUCGAGAAGGACAAACUGAUUUUCAUGGCCCAGAUGGCGAUUCAGAUUCUGCUGGUUGCGAAGGAGAUCGACCCAGCGGAAUUGGACUUCCUGUUGAGGUUCCCCUAUACUCCGAAUUUGACUUCGCCGUUCGAGUUUCUAACCAAUGCCGGUUGGGGCGGAAUCAAGGCGUUGUCUAACAUGGACGAGUUCAGGUCGUUGGAUAAGGAUAUUGAAGGUUCUGCCAAGCGGUGGAGAAAACUGAUUGAGUCUGAGUGUCCAGAGCGCGAGAAAAUGCCUGGCGAGUGGAAGAAUAAGAACGCUUUGCAGAGGUUGUGCAUUAUGCGCUGUUUGAGGCCAGAUCGAAUGACCUACGCCGUACGGGCAUUUGUUGAGGAGAAACUCGGAGCGAAGUAUGUCGAGGCCCGCAUGUUGGAGUUCGACAAGUCCUUCAGGGAAACCAGUUCAACUACGCCGGUGUUUUUCAUUCUGUCACCUGGUGUGGAUCCGUUGCAGGACGUGGAAAAGUUGGGCAAGAAGAUGCGAUUCUCAACGGAUCAUGGAAACUUCUACAACGUUUCGCUGGGUCAAGGCCAGGAAGUUGUCGCCGAGAAAGCCAUCGAUGACGCUUCCAGAGAUGGGCAUUGGGUGAUCCUGCAGAACAUUCAUUUGGUUGCUAAGUGGCUUCCAACGUUGGAGAAGAAGAUGGAAGCUACGCAAGAAGACUCACACGAGAAUUAUCGCCUCUUCAUCAGCGCGGAGCCUGCUCCUUCUCCGGAAUACCAUAUUAUCCCACAGGGAAUCUUAGAAUCCGCUAUCAAGAUCACCAACGAACCCCCGACGGGAAUGUUGGCAAACAUCCACAAAGCCUUGGACAACUUCAACCAGGAAACUCUGGAGAUGUGCGGCAAGGAAGCUGAAUUCAAGGCAAUUCUGUUUUCGCUUUGCUACUUCCACGCUGUAGUGGCUGAACGGAGAAAGUUUGGCCCCCAAGGCUGGAAUCGUGUCUAUCCUUUUAACGUCGGAGACCUUACCAUCAGCGUUUACGUUCUCUACAACUACCUUGAGGCCAACAACCGAGUCCCGUGGGAAGAUCUACGAUACCUUUUUGGAGAAAUUAUGUACGGAGGUCACAUCACUGACGAUUGGGAUAGGCGUCUGUGCCGAACAUAUCUGGAGGAACUUAUGCAACCGGAGUUGGUCGAUGGAGAUCUCAACUUGUGCACCGGAUUCCCAGCCCCCCCAAAUCUAGACUACGCCGGCUAUCACAAUUACAUAGACGACAACCUUCCCGUCGAAUCUCCCUAUCUCUACGGACUCCAUCCCAACGCAGAAAUCGGAUUCCUUACCACAUUAUCGGAGCAACUGUUCAAAACCAUCUUCGAGCUUCAACCAAGAGAUUCCGGCGCAGCCAGUGGAUCAACCGUUAGCCGCGAGGACGUGGUCAAAACCAUCAUCGAAGACUUCACCGACAAGCUACCGGAAGAGUUCAACAUGGCUGAUCUGAUGGCUCGCGUCGAAGACCGCACCCCGUUCGUUAUCGUCGCCUUCCAGGAGUGCGAACGGAUGAACAUCCUCGUUCGGGAAAUGAAGCGAUCGCUGCGAGAGCUGAUGCUCGGCCUCAAAGGAGAACUUACCAUCACAUCGGACAUGGAGAACCUGGAAGCAUCACUGUUCUUCGACGCAGUUCCGGACAAUUGGACCAAACGGGCUUAUCCGUCCAUGUUCGGACUUCAAUCGUGGUUCGCCGAUUUGACGAUUCGAAUCAAGGAACUGGAGUCGUGGUCCAACGACUUUAACCUCCCGUCGUCCGUGUGGCUCGCCGGAUUCUUCAAUCCGCAGAGCUUCUUAACGGCCAUUAUGCAACAAACGGCCCGGAAGAACGAGUGGCCACUGGACAAGAUGUGCCUCAGCUGUGAUGUUACGAAGAAGUUCAAGGAGGACAUCAGUGCCCCGCCUCGCGAGGGUGCCUACGUGAAUGGGCUGUACAUGGAAGGGGCCCGGUGGGACAUCAACAUCGGAUCCAUUGCCAGUUCCCAGUUGAAGGAAUUGUUCCCGCAGAUGCCGGUCAUAUUUAUUAAAGCGAUUACCCAGGACAAACAGGAAACGAAGAACAUUUACGAGUGUCCGGUUUAUAAAACAAGGGAUCGAGGACCUACUUACGUGUGGACGUUCAACUUGAAGUCCAAAGAGAACCCGGCGAAGUGGACGCUGGGAGGAGUUUGUUUGCUUCUACAGGUUUAACGAUGUUUUCAUUGCUGUGCCGAUUAGUCUAGUGCUG